GCCACCCGCGACAUCGCCGUGACCGCCGACGUGGGCGCGGUGCCGUGGGUGGAGCUGAGCUGGAAGGUGGGCGAGCUGGACGCCCACGCCCGCUACGAGUUCUGGGUGACGGCGUCGACGCGCGUGGGCGAGGGCGCGGCGUCGAGGGUGGUGUCCGAAAGCCCGUCGGCGAUCGUGCCCGCCCGCAUCAGGUCCUUCGGCCAGUCUGUGGAGGUCCGCGCGGGAUCCUCGCUGACGCUCCCGUGCGCCCUGGUGGGGUCGCCGCCCCCCUCCGUCACCUGGGCCCACCAGGGGCGCGACAGCUCCCUGCACGCACAGACCCUCCCUGACCACUCCCUGCACGCCUCCGUGGUGACGCCCGACGCCGCCGGGAACUACACGUGCCACGCCCAGAACCCGCACGGGCGUGACGAGGUGACGUGGGUGGUGCAGGUGGUGCAGGCGCCGCCGCCGCCCACGGUGAGGGUGCAGUACGCCACGGAGACGGCCAUCCACCUGUCGUGGGACACGGCGGGCGACGGAGGGAAGCCGAUCACAGGCUACGUGCUCCGCUACAGCCUCGAGACGGACAAGGCGUGGGUGGAGGUGCAGGCCGAGCCCGGCGAGACGAGCCACGCCCUCGAGAACCUGCGCUGCGGCUCCACCUACCGCGUGCAGGUGGCCGCCGUGAACCUCGUGGGUCGAGGCGAGCCUUCGCACACGGUCAACACGAGGACGCGAGGAGCCGCGCCCCGCCAGCCGCGUCACCAGGACCUGGUGAGCGUGAACUCGUCCGCCGUGACGCUGCACCUGUACACGUGGCCGACGGGGGGCUGCCCGAUCACCUGGUGGCGCGUGGAGUACCGCCCGCACUCCGAGAGCUCCUUCACGCCCGUGGCCACCCACCUGGCGGGCGGCACGGACUCCAUCACCCUGCCCAAGCUGGCGCCCCUCACGUGGUACCAGCUGCGCGUCUCGGCCCACAACGCCGCGGGCGCCGCCGCCGCCACCUACGACGUGGCCACCGCGUCGCUCACGGGAGCUACCCUGGCGCCGGAGUCUGUGGUGGAGGUGGUGGGGGCCAGCGAGGCACCGCUGUUCCUGGACCCGCACGUGCUGGCACCCAUCGUGUCCGGCAUCGCCUGCACCCUGGCACUCCUGCUGUGCGUCGGCCUGCUCAUCUCCAGAGGACGAGCCCGCUUCCUGAAGAGCAGCGGCGGCGGCGGCGGCGGCGGCGGCGGCGGCGGCGGCGGCGGCGGCAGCGGCGAGGAGCGGCGGAGCAGCGGCGGCCCGACGUACUCGCGCUCUCUGGCGGAGAUGCAGAACCACCGCAACGACAGCCAGGAGCAGCUGUCGCCCGCCGCCCGCGCCAAGCACGAGGAGGCCUACACAGUGGAGGAGCCGUACGAGAUCUGUCCAUACGCCACCUUCAGCCUGCCCCCAACUGGUGGCGGAGGUGUUGGUGGAGGAGCCCUGGACUACACGCUUCAGUUUCAGACGUUUGGCCACCAGGACUGUUAUGAGGGCCAACCCCAGCCCUCCAGGUCCUCUUCCUUCAUGGGUGGGAAACGGCGCGAGGGUGGUGGUGGAGGUGGUGGUGGUGGUGGGGUGGGAGGAACCGGACACGCCCCUGAGAUCGCAUGCAUCUCGAGCCAGCAGACUCUCCCCAUAUCCUCCGUGGCUGUUCGCGGGCGCCCCUGUCGCCGAGGCCAGUCAGGUGAGGAAGGGCGUGGCUCUGACAGUGAGCAGGACACGAGUGGCAGUCCCGGGGCUACACCUGCCCAUGGCGUGAGGGACACCUAUAAGGUCCCUGUGCGGCUCAGGAGAGGUGCAGACUUUAGCUUCCACCCUCCGGACUCCAGCACAGAGAGCAAUGACGAACGGUCCCCCAUCCCUCCCCGCCGGCCACCCCAUCUCCAGCAGCAGCAGCAGCAACAGCCACCUCCACAACAACUACAACAACAACAACAACAACAGCAACAACAACAACAACAACAACAACCUGCCAACCCACAACCUCCCCACCAACCGCAUGCCCAUCCUCAGCAUGCACGUAGACACCAUGCCUUCACACCUGCCCAUGCUCAUGUCCUCAGGUCUAACACCCUGGAGAGUGUGUACUCGGUCGAGGGGGCUGUGGGAGGCCCCCUUCGCCCCCCCACAGGAUUCUCUGACUCUCGAGAAUUGUCAGAGGCCGAGUGCGACCGUGACCCUCGAGAGGCUAGUCUUGGGGCAGGACAGAAGGGGAGAGGACAGCAUCCAAGGCGGACAUUUGGGCCACGCACAGCUAACGACUACAGCAUCCACGUAUAAACCUUAAUGUAGGCUGUUUUCAUAUUGUAACUCUGUAAAACUGUAAAUAUAAUUUCUGUGGAAUGUGAAAUAAACAUAUCAUUUUGCACAA